UUCAAAUGAUUUUAACAUAAAACCAAUUGUUCUCGAAGGCAGUAUAAUAUAUAUAUAUAUAUUUAUUAUUGUUAUUUCAUUCUGGCACGGUGUGAAUAAACAAAAGACGCUGUGGAGCUGCAAAGAGAGAAAGCACUCGAAUUCCUGCGAGUUUUAACAUUUGUACUUCUGUUUUUGAUCAUAUCCCUGUACCUCUAUCGGUUCGCCUUCUAAUAACGAAGCUGGUGAGCUCGGCAAAAAUUCGUAGCCACAGCAACAAAGAUGCCCAAAUUACCAGCGGUUGGCAUUGAUCUUGGCACAACGUACUCGUGCGUCGGGGUCUUUCAGCAUGGCAAAGUUGAGAUCAUUGCCAACGAUCAGGGCAAUCGGGUCACGCCCUCCUAUGUGGCAUUCACCGAUACUGAGCGUCUGAUUGGUGAUGCGGCCAAAAAUCAGGUGGCCAUGAAUCCAAACAACACAAUUUUCGAUGCUAAGCGCCUGAUCGGACGAAAAUUUGAUGAUGCGACCGUGCAGAGCGACAUGCGUCAUUGGCCAUUUGAGGUGAUCUCCGAUAACGGGAAGCCGCGCAUUAAGAUCGAGUACAAGGGCGAGAAGAAGAGUUUCUAUCCGGAGGAGAUCUCAUCGAUGGUCCUAACCAAGAUGCGUGAGACAGCGGAGGCCUAUUUGGGGAGCACUGUCACCGAUGCUGUGGUUACGGUGCCCGCCUACUUCAACGACUCUCAGCGACAGGCCACAAAAGAUGCGGGCGCCAUUGCCGGCCUCAAUGUGUUACGCAUCAUCAAUGAGCCGACGGCGGCGGCCAUUGCCUAUGGGCUGGACAAGAAGGGCACCAGCGAGCGUAACGUGUUGAUUUUCGAUCUGGGUGGCGGCACCUUUGACGUUUCAAUACUUACCAUCGAGGAUGGCAUCUUUGAGGUCAAGUCCACGGCCGGCGACACACAUCUGGGCGGCGAGGACUUCGACAACCGUAUGGUGAAUCACUUUGUGCAGGAGUUCCAGCGCAAAUACAAAAAGGAUCUGAUCCAGAACAAGCGGGCGUUGAGACGCCUACGCACAGCCUGCGAGCGUGCCAAACGCACCCUUUCUGCCUCAACGCAAGCCAGCAUUGAGAUCGACUCGCUCUUCGAGGGCAUCGACUUCUACACCUCCGUAACGCGAGCGCGUUUUGAGGAACUGAACGGCGAUCUCUUCCGGGGCACCAUGGAGCCGGUCGCCAAGGCAUUGCGCGACGCCAAAAUGGAUAAAGGACAGAUACAUGAUAUUGUAUUAGUUGGUGGAUCCACACGCAUACCCAAGGUACAGCGUUUGCUUCAGGAUUUCUUCAACGGCAAAGAGCUGAACAAGUCUAUAAAUCCGGACGAGGCUGUGGCGUAUGGUGCUGCCGUACAGGCGGCCAUUCUGCAUGGCGACAAGUCAGAGGCAGUGCAGGAUCUUCUUCUGCUGGACGUGACACCGUUGUCUCUGGGCAUUGAGACGGCUGGUGGAGUAAUGACGACGCUGAUUAAGCGCAACACAACAAUACCUACGAAGCAGACCCAGGUUUUCACCACCUACUCCGACAAUCAGCCGGGCGUGCUCAUUCAGGUGUACGAGGGUGAGCGUGCGAUGACAAAGGACAACAACAUAUUGGGAAAAUUCGAGCUAAGUGGUAUUCCGCCAGCACCACGUGGGGUUCCACAAAUUGAGGUGACCUUUGACAUUGAUGCCAACGGCAUCCUCAAUGUGGCUGCUGCCGAUAAGUCGACGGGCAAAGAGAACAAGAUUACGAUCACCAACGACAAGGGACGUCUGAGCAAGGAGGACAUCGAACGGAUGGUCAAUGAAGCCGAGUCUUAUCGCCAGGCAGAUGAACAACAACGUGAUCGCAUCAAUGCCAAGAACCAGCUGGAGUCCUACUGCUUCCAUCUGAAGAGCACUUUGGACGACGAGCAGCUGCGCACGCGCAUUAACGACUCCGAUCGCAACACCAUUCUGCACAAAUGUAAUGAGACCAUCAGCUGGCUGGAUGGCAAUCAGAUGGCCGAAAAGGAGGAGUACGAUCAUAAACAGCAGGAGUUGGAGCGUAUCUGCAGUCCGAUCAUCACACGUCUCUACCAGAGUGCCGGCGUAACGCCUCCAUCGUCCCACAAUGGUGGACCUAGUGGAGGAGUGGGCGGUGGUACUGGCAGUGGCAGUGGCCCCACUAUCGAGGAAGUUGACUAAAAUACAGGAAAGCAAAAUUUGAAUACGUUCGCGUUGGCCUUUCGAUUUAUUGCACAAUUUUCUUGAACUCUAAACACAGUUUCAGCUAAAUUAUAUAUGGUAUACUUGUAUAAAUAAAGAAACUCUCUAGUAUCAGCAGAGCUCGAGCAUAUCGUAA